AUGAUCUUUGCAACAACAUUCAGGGGAUUGGAGGGUGUUCUUCUUAAUGACGCAUACACCCACGCUUCCCAAGACAAACGGUCCUUUGAAAACAAAGACAUGUUGGUCAUGGCUGGCUUCUUGCGGGUCUCGGAAUCUAUUGUCGUGGAUGUGAGCAAACCGGAUACCUACACCAGCCGAGCAAAUGAAUCAUCUAGCAGCGCCAGGCAGAAUAUCGCCGACAUUUUUGAGCCGGGUGACACAAAAGCCACCACUCGUCGAAUAUCAGACACCCCUACCAAUGUGCGGCAUCAGUUCCAGUAUGCGGACGAGGAGUCAGCCGAGACGGGACAGUCGGUGUUGGAAUCUGCGCAUGAGUUGGCUGCCAAGGCGCUGGGUGGAAGCUCGCGUGGUGAGCUGCUGUUGACACAGCCUGUUUCUGUCGCUGUCUGA